UUUCAUAUGAGACUUGAUAUUAUACUUUAUAGACAGUGGAUGGAUCUUUAGGGCAUAACAGGUUAAAACAGCUAACUGCCUGACUUCUGUCUGCAUAUGACUGUAUUCACAAUCAAUCAAUAGAAACCUUCACAUAUUCAGGAAUCAAAUAUUUGUUUUUGAGCCUUGAUGUUGAGUUUUUUGACCACCCUGUAUUUUCAAAAACUACAAAAUUUCUGUCGUUCUCAAUCAAUUUCACAUGAAUGAUAGAAGGUGUCAAGGCAAAGCAGCAUUAUCAAUGUAUGGCAAAACUAACAGCUAACAAAAAAUGUCACCAGAUAACUUAUCAAAGCCGUCUCCUUAUCUAUCUAUUUUGCUUUUAUUCUCACCCUCAAAGGCUCUUCAUUACUUUUUGCCAUUUUAGGGAAUCCCUCAUCGACAGGUCAGCCUCGCUUUGAAAUGAGAAAUCCCCUCCACGUCGAUGCCGAAAUGGAUGCUCCUGUUCCAGAACCCUCUCUUUACACUGUGAAGGCCAUUCUGAUAAUGGAUAACGAUGGAAGGCGCUUACUGACAAAGUACUAUGACAACCAGUUUCCAAAAGUCAAAGAAGAAAAGGCCUUUGAACUGAAUCUAUUCAACAAAACACACAGAGCAAAUGCUGAGAUCAUCAUGUUAGAAGGCCUGACCUGUGUUUAUAGAAGUAAUGUGGACUUAUAUUUCUAUGUGGUGGGCAAUCAGCAAGGAAAUGAGCUGAUCCUAGUGAGUGUGCUGAAUUGUCUUUACGAUUCCAUUAGUUCGAUGUUACGGAAAAAUGUGGAAAAGCGGUCGUUGUUGGAAAAUUUAGACGCAGUGUUCUUGGCUGUUGAUGAAAUCUGUGAUGGAGGAAUAAUUCUAGAAGGUGAUCCAAAUGUAGUUGCAAAUCGUGUGGCAAUAAGGAUGGACGAUAUACCUUUAGGAGAACAGACUGUUUCGCAGGUUUUACAAUCAGCGAAGGAACAAUUAAAGUGGUCGUUGUUGAAGUGAUCCUCUAAGCAUUCUCAACAAAAUCAUGUUCAUUAUGGGCCAUCCGUCGUCAUCCAUGUCAUUGAAGAAAAUAUCCAAGAGACUUAACUGUUCUGUUCUUUGAAUAAAGCUGAUCAUGAUAUCAACGCAGGCUUCCCACCGUAGAAGAAGUCCUACAAACAUGUCAUGAAUUUCUAUCUUUUCUAUAUAACGUCUGCAGAAGGACCUAAAACAGAUCAGUUGCCUUUGUUCUCCUUUCCCCAGGGUAUAAAUGUCUGUUGGAGAAAUAGUCAAUGUGUAUUGUUUGAGAAAUAGUCAAUGUGUAUUUAUAUGAAUAAAGUAUGUACAGUCAGAUCAUGAAUA